AUGUCACAAUCGCCAAAAAGUCACCGUAAAUAUACCGCUAAAGAGUUAGAAAUAGAAGAACAUUACGAAUGGCUUCACGAAACUCAUGCCAAUAUGGUAAAAGUUGUUCAGAUGUGGGAGCCCUUAGUAUACAGAGAUACAGAUACUUUAGUUUGUAGUAUAAUCACUCCGUCCAGUAAAUAUUUCCGCCCCAUGAUCGACUGUACUCAUUGGUUUGCGGCGAAGGAUAUUCAACUCAAGGCGGAUGGCGAGGCGGCUGACUUAGGUAUUCCUCAAUGCGAAGUGCCCAACAUCAUGGAAAUUUGGGCUCAAAGAAGGGCGGAAUUGGCCAGAGGCAAAUAUAUAGAUCCCGUUGCCAAACCAUGGAAUGCCUCUCCUUCACCUUGUGCCACUCCAGUCAGAGCUACCGCGGAAACUGGUGAUGAGGCCACUGGAACCCCACAACCUGAUGCCACGGGUUCCCAGAAGGCCCAAAUAAAUAUCGACUAGUCGUUGGAUCCGCUUUCCAGGCCUAUCAGUUCC